GAGAGAGAGAGAGAGAUCAUUACAAAACGCGCAUGCACAAGAAACAGACACAUUGCAUUUGUCCACCUGUAUUACUAUCUUGAUUUACGAAACCCAGCGCGAGGGAAUUAAUCAACGGCUCCGUGCGAAUGCAGUCAAACAGAAGGCGGUUUUCCUGUUCAACCGUGAUACUCUCUUCUUCCUCGGCGGUCAUGUGUGUUUCGCAUCGCUGUUUCUUCCAGUAAGCACCAAUGCAUGCAUGCACCCGCCUCCCCUGCGCUCUCAAAUAGAUGGUGCAAGUAAAGAUGUCCAAAUCUUCCGCAGACCCUCUGUCUGGGGUAGAAAGCGCUUCUCAGUCGCACUAUUUCCAGCUUCCACGAAAGUUGCCGAAACGCAAGGGUCGUUUUAAACGUUCAGAUGGCAGCACAUCUUCUGACACCACCUCCAGCUUCAUCAAACGACAGGGUUCAGCCGAUUCGUACACGAGCAGACCUUCGGAUUCCGACCUGUCAGCGGAGGAGGACCGCGAGGCGUAUCGGCGUGAAGCCGAACGCCAGGCCCAGCUGCAGCUCGAGAGAGCCAAGUCCAAACCUGUAGCAUUCGCAGUGAAGACGAAUGUGAAUUAUUGCGGGGCUCUAGAUGAGGAAUGUCCUGUUCAGGGUGCUGCCAUAAACUUUGAAGCCAAAGACUUUCUGCACAUUAAAGAGAAGUACAAUAAUGACUGGUGGAUUGGAAGGCUGGUGAAAGAGGGGGCAGACAUCAGCUUCAUUCCCAGCCCCCUCCGACUGGAGGCCAUGAGAAUCAAACAGGAGCAGAAACAGCAGAGGAAAAGCGGUAACUCAUCCUCAAGCCUGGGUGACAUGGUUUCAGGGGGUUGGAGAUCCACACCGCCAUCUGCAGGUGAGACCAAACAGAAGCUAAAGCAGACUGAACACAUUCCUCCAUAUGAUGUGGUGCCAUCCAUGAGGCCUGUGGUUCUGGUAGGACCGUCACUAAAGGGAUAUGAGGUGACAGACAUGAUGCAGAAAGCUCUGUUUGACUUUCUCAAACAUCGCUUUGAUGGACGGAUUUCAAUAACCCGAGUAACUGCUGACCUUUCACUGGCCAAGAGAUCAGUUCUCAACAAGAGACCCAUCAUGGAGAGGUCAAACACACGGACCAGUUUGGCGGAAGUACAGAGUGAGAUUGAGAGAAUAUUUGAGUUGGCCAAAACCCUUCAGCUGGUGAUUCUGGAUGCAGACACCAUUAACCAUCCAGCACAGCUAGCUAAAACCUCACUAGCACCUAUUAUUGUAUAUGUAAAGGUCACGUCUCCAAAGGUCCUACAGCGGUUGAUAAAAUCCAGGGGUAAAUCACAGAGCAAACACCUCAAUGUUCAGAUGAUGGCAGCAGAUAAAUUGACUCAGUGUCCCCCUGAGAUGUUUGAUGUCAUUUUGGAUGAGAACCAGUUGGAGGACGCCUGUGAGCAUCUGGCUGAAUAUCUGGAGGUUUACUGGCGUGCCACUCAUCUGCCAGGCACCACCCCUCUCAACCCGCUAUUGGAGCAAAAUUUGAUGACCCCACCCUCUGCAAUCUCCAGUCUACAGAACCAGCAGCUGUCGCCUGCCGGGGGUGGAGUGGGAGUGGAGGAGGAGGAGCAGGGAGAGCAGGACAGCCUCAUGCCCUCCGACGAGGCCAGUGACUCUCGCUCCCUCCACCGAGGAGGCUCUAGCUCCCUGCAUCCCCCAGAGGACGAGGAAGAAGAGGAAGAGGAGGAAGAUGAUGAUUACCAACCCCAUCGCCACUCGAACCCCUACCGUGACGUUUACCCACCUAACCGUAACCACCCGGGUGGGAUCCACAGUGCUAAUGGACACGAGUCACAGGACCGACUCCUGCAGCAGCGAGACUCGCAGGACGGACACAACCAACGUAACAACCGACAGCGCUCGAGAGCCUGGCCGAGAGACAACUACUGACCGGUCAGCUGCAGGAGGGGGUUGAGUUGUGAAUUGGGGUGAGGAACUGAAAAAGCAGUGUUAGUGGAUGAAGGUUGAUGAAAAGAUCCUGUCGUUUUCUAAGCUCAUGUGGUCGUCAUCGUCUUUGGUGGCGCACGGCAUGUGCUUUCAAAAGACAGAGCAGCUUUUCUCCUUUGAGAUCAAAUGCAUGUUCGUUUUGAAAUAAUAAUUGAGCUUCCUCUGAAUACCCUAACCCCACCCAAGUCAAGUAGUACUUUAUAAUCAUAAGCUCUCCCUGAACCUACUGAGCACAGAAGGCAUUAUAAGAAAAGGAAAAGCACUUUUAUAGCAUGGGACGAAAGACGUAGCAUUUUGUUGCAUCAUUUUUUUUGCUAGCGCGCUUGUAAAUGUGAAUAUUAUUCACCUUGUUUUGGUUCAAGCCCUCUUUUGUGGUGUUGCCUGAUUGGAGCACUUGAUGUUUACUUGUGUAUCAUUCAGGCAACUGACAUAUGAAUGAUUACGUUCACUGUCACAUUCACAGAUGUAGCACACACUGCCGCUUGCAGAAGCACCACGUAAAUGCGGUACAUGUCAGAUAGGAAUUCAGGGUUACGCUCUACUUUCGUAGAGUGACUAUAGUCUGAGUUUGCACAUGAGGUGAAUUACAUCUCCAGAAUGAAGAGAAGCAGUCCAUCUUCCUGCAUUUCCGCACUGCCGCAUAAAGAAAGAACCUAAUUAGGUCAGUGUCAUCAGUUUCUUUUUCUGGGAAAUGAGAAGGACUAAAAAUUGGAGUUAUUUUAUCACGCAACAGUAGAUCGGUGUCCAGAUUUUUCUAUAGAAGGUUUUUCUAUGUACCAAGUUAGGUGUCCCUUUUGGGAUAGUCAUAUGUGAUGCACUGAGAGUUGCAGAAAGGUAGAUUAUAUAUUUUACUAUUUACGAAAGAUAAUAUAAG